GCCGAAGUGAAACAAUACGUAAAAUAAGAACUUAACAUUUAUCUAUUGUUAAGUACUUUUCGUCCUCAGGAUAACAAGAAUAAAUCAUUCCAGAUAUGAAGGAACAGGCUUCAGAAAAAGCAAAGUCUCCAAGAACAAUAGCUAUUGAAAUGAAUAAUACAAAUGUCUGUAAUAUCAUACGUAAAACACUUGAAAAACAGCAGUCAAAAGAACCUCCGAAAUUUAAUAAAGAAAUGCUUAGAUUCAAGAUUAUCUAUUUCUUACACAAUGGAGGUCUUGCACCAGCAUUAGUAUUCAUACCUGUAUAUGCAAAGGAAGAACUUGGAUUCGCUGCUGCAUCUUUGGGGGCAAUUCUUACGGCGCAGAUGUUUCUUUUCGUAUUCACCAAACCACUCAUCGGUUAUAUUGCUGAUUAUUUUAAUCAACUAAAAGUAGUUAUAUGUGUUUUAUCUCUUCUUAGUUUGACAUGUCUUUUUUCACUACUUGCGAUCCCUAAAGUAGAACCACGUGAGCUAGGAAAUUUCUCAGCAUUUCUCGUAGGACAAAACUUGAAUUCGACAAAUUUGUACAAUGAAUACAGAAAUUUCCUGCAAUCUAAACAGAUCACAAAUAAGGUUUCACUGACGAAAUCUACAAACCUGACAAAAAUUCAAUUUCCAAAUGGAACUUGCAUGAGUUGUUUUAUUGGUAUCGAUAAUUGUUUGAACAAUUCUGAUGAAUUUUUCACCACCAACCGUUUUGAAGGCAGCUCUUUUUAUUUAUUUAGCAAAGCAAUUAAUAAAGAAGAGCUAUAUUUAUUUUGCAAUCAAAAAUACUCAUUUUGUUCAAAUUUUUGCUUGUGUCAUCAUAACGUCUCUCAAAAUUCUAGCAAUUGCCAAGAACUGUUUUGUAUACGAAAGCAUCAAUCACAUGAAGCUGAUCGAUUUCCGAAAAGAAGUCCUUUACUUAAGUGCUCUGUAAUAACUAAGGAUUCUCGGGAAAUGUUUAUGUCAUGUCUAGCACAAAAUUCAUCGGCAAAUAAUUUAAUCGAUGCAAAGGAUUUUGAACAAGAAACUAUCAGUGAUUUUCGAACUUAUCACUUCUGGAUCUUUGCUAUACUUUUUUCUAUUUCAUGCAUCUGUGAAAAUGCUAAUUUCACUUUGGUCGACACAGCUUGCUGUGAAAGUAUUCAAAGGACUAAUGACGAUUUCGGCAAGUUACGGUUAUGGGGCAACAUUGGCUGGGGUCUCCUUGCACCAAUCGGAGGGUUGUUAAACGAACACACAGGUGGUUUUAUUUCAUCCUGGAUCCUGAUGGCAAUAAUGUUGCUUUUAUUCAUGUGGAAUAUCACUCAGUUGGACAUCGUGAAACCUCAAUUUUCCAAAAGCAUUCUCAGCGAUGUAGGAAUAAUCUUCAGAUCAAAGGAGUUUCUGUCGUUUGAGCUUGUGAAUUUAAUGAACGGAGUUGGCAUCGGUAUAAUAUGGUUCUAUCUGAUAUGGUUUCUUACAACUUUAGGAGGCACUAAAUUUCUGGGUGGACUAACAAUUGCUGUCGAAAGUUUCCUUGGCGUGAUUCCAUGCAUGUUCUUUUCUGGACGUAUCAUAAGGAAGAUUGGACACUAUCAGAUUUUAAGUGCUGCAUUAUUGGUUUAUGGACUUAGAUUUCUUUUCUAUGGUUAUCUUUAUAAUCCGUGGUGGGUACUUCCCAUAGAAAUUAGUCACGGUCUUACAUAUGGACUUUAUUAUGCAGUUUUAGCAACUUAUGGGAAAUUGCGUUCCAAGCCUGGUACUGAAGCAACGACUCAAUCCAUUUUGUUCACCACUCAUGAAGGUUUAGGAGCUGGCCUGGGAUGUGUAUUUGCAGGAUUGGGAUUCGAUUACCUUGGUACUCAUCAGACGUUCAUCUACAUUAGCAUCUAUUUCGGAAUUGAUUUCAUCACCAGCCUCUUAUUAUAUUUCUUCACCAUAAGAAAGCAGGAAAGUCACAAUAAAACCAAUCACCAAUCAGACAGCUCUAAGCUUCCCUUGGGAUCUGAAUUGUUGCAGCAGAAUCUCCAAAAACCGUAUUUGAGUGUCUGAACACUUCUCAAAUGUUGUUAUUCAGAAAAAAGUUCAUUCCUAGCUAUCUUUG